AUUAUGCCAAAUGGCAUUAUGCCAUACGGGGUAGACCCGGCCUGAAUUGGUUCUGCAAAAAUACCAUUAUGUUCAUCGAGAGUCGAUAAGUUUGCCGACAUUGAAGCAAAGUUUACAGCUUCUUCCAUGGGUACAAACCGCUCUUUUGAAAUCCACUUUCAAUUACUUGCUCCUUACUAUCGAAAUUAUCGAGAGCUGUUGGGCAAAUUUCUGACUUCGUGAUGGCACUUAUUCCGUGUUUACAUCGGAAAUCUAACAAUGAGUCCUCCGUGUUUUCAUUGGCCCGAAAAAACUUACAUCCAAUGGUUGAGUCAAAUGCGUUGAAUUGGGGAAUAGGCAGAUGAGUAUUAUUUGAUGUUUUUCGCAAAAGUUUGUGCUCAUAAGCGUUGCAUGGCUUUUAUGGCCAUCGACAAAUAGCAGUACGGGUAGUGCGACUUUUUCUCUUUCUAGCCAUAGUUGGAAAAUGUUUUUUUAGGAACUCAUAAAAUGCAUUCCCUGUCAUCCAUCCGCUAUCGGUUUUGCCUAUUCACCAAUCAGCUGAAGCACUACGGAUGAUAUCACCAGGGAGUCGACAUUAAUACGGAAACAUCACGAGUGGUGGAAGCAGUUUGCCAUCAGCACUGGCAAUGAAGAGAGCAGUGUAGCUUUCUUUCUCGUUGUUUCCGAACACUGAGUAGGUAUGCUUAGACUGCUUCAUCGCCAAACACUUCCUUUUCCUGACAACCAGCUCGCAAGAUGUUUCGUCGAGAUUAAAUAUUCUGUCUGGACAAUCCAGAAGAUAAACCAGAUCUUCUUGUUCCAAGUAGUUCCGGUUUGAAAGACCACAUGAAAACUCACUUCAAAGAUGACAAUGAUAACCAAGCUGUCGAGUGUGAAGUUUGCCACAAGAUUUUCAAAAACAUAAACACUCUACGAGUACAUAGAGCAUCUCACGGACCGCGGAAACAUGUUUGUCCUACUUGUAACAAAGCAUUCGCUGUUCGUCAGAAUUAUAGAAACCAUAUGGACACCCACCAUAGCUCAGUUCCACUCGAUGGAAUAGAGCAGCAUUCGGAUCAUCCAUUCAAGUGUGAUAUAUGCUUUAAAAUACUGAAAAACAAAAUAUCCCUUCGACAGCACAAGAAAACCCAUCUCCCAAAAAAGAAAGUUUGUUCGAUUUGUAGUGCUGCAUUUGCUAAGAAUCGCGAUUUGGAAGAUCACAUGGCAAUGCACAAUGUCUCUAACGGAUCGGAAAACGGACAAAGCCCAAGCGAUAAUCCAUUCAAAUGUGAAAUAUGCCACAAGACUUACCAAAAGCUUAACAGUCUUCGGCAGCAUAUUAAGAUUCAUGGACAAGAGAAGCAUGUGUGUACUCUGUGUAACAAAGAGUUUGCUGAACGUCGUAGGUUAAGCCAGCAUUUACAAACUCACAAUAAGUUCACUCAAUACGAAGAGGUGGGAGAAGCAGAUCUGGAGGAAUUCCUCUGCGGCGAACCAUUCCAAUGUGCAUUAUGCCCCAAAAUGUACCAUUUCGAAAAGGAUCUGUCGAAACAUACGCGUAACGUUCAUAAAUCUAGAACGCUACCUUGCAAGAGCAGCACCGAUCAAUCUGCGUUAGGAUCAGAUGUGGACCAGAAAAGUGGACAACUCGAAGCCACACAUGCACCGUUGCAUUUGCUGGACGAUGCAGAUGACGAGGACACACAUCCCUUCAAGUGCACCGUAUGCCAAAAGGCUUUCAGAAGCAAAGAUCAGCUGCUGGACCACGCGAGAAAAGUUCGUGCUAAAAUGAAUUAUCAAUGUACCAUUUGUAGAAAACGGUUUGCUACGCGCAAUCUGCUCUAUCAGCACACCAAAGAAGCCAUCCACGCCGAAGGAAAAACACUGGACAACGAAAAUGGCGCGCAAAAACUAAUGGAAACAUACGAUGCGUUUGAGGCAGGUGAGAUCAAAGUUGAGGUCCAGUCGUCAGAUGAUGAUGAGUAAAAAAUAUAUCUUCGUAUCAAAUGAUCUUUGUUGAAGUAGGGUCGAUGUACUAAUAGCCGCAUAGCUAAGAACAAAUAUUCGUAUAAAAUUGAAAAAUAAAGCCAGCGGCAUAAUUUUAACAUUA